AUGAACUGGUGCCUAUACCUUUCUAGGCUCCUGGUGCUGGCUGUAGCCGUGGGAGGUGGGGGCUCUACCAAAAAGCAUGCAACGACACAAUCAACAGGUGAGCCCUUACCCGCACUCCGAGCAGGUGGGUAUCGACAGACACAACGACUUAAUCAACCGGAUCCACCGAAGCUAUUUCCUCUAGACAGAAUGAGGCUCCCGUUGAGAGAUCUAUUAGUGAUUGGGCCACCCCUCCUGGCAAAGAAAGAAAGGCAGGUUCAGGCGAUUGAUCAAAAAAAGAUUUCCUUCCCUUUCUUUAUGACAGAGCAAUUGAAUGAAGCGGUGCGGGGCCUAUAA